AUGACAGAACCUGUUCCUAGUCCGGGCCGUUCUAGCAGGUAUGUGGGGAUGAACAAGCUGGACAAGUACGAUGUGCUUGAACAGUUGGGCCAGGGAACUUUUGGUGUGGUUUUGAAGGCCCGUCAAAAAAGUACCGGGAAACUUGUUGCCCUUAAGAAACUCAUCAUCCAUGACUCCAAGGACGGGUUUCCCAUCACGGCGUUCCGAGAAAUCACGAUCAUGAAACAGUUUCGUCAUUUGAACGUUCUGCAGUUGAUCGACAUGAUCCACGAGAACUCAGAAGACUCAAAAACACCGGGGUUCUUCUACACCGUGACUCCGUACAUCAGCUCAGACUUGAACGGGUUGUUGAACAAUCCUCGGGUCCGGCUCACCAUCCCGCAGAUCAAGUGUAUUAUGAAACAGAUUUUCCAAGGAAUCAACUACAUUCACAACCAAAACUAUUUGCAUAGAGACAUCAAGACCGCAAACAUUUUGCUCGACUGGUUCGGAGUCGUCAAGAUUGCAGAUUUCGGGCUCGCCAGAGUGUACCAUGGCCCGCCACCCAAAGACGCCUCGUCGGGAGCCGGUGGAGGACUUGUCGAGUACACAGGACUGGUUGUUACUCGGUGGUACCGACCGCCAGAACUAUUGCUUGGCGAACGCAAGUACACCACCGCCGUGGACAUGUGGGGGAUCGGGUGUGUUUUGGGCGAGAUGUUCAAGAAAAAGCCGAUUCUCGAGGGAAAGAGCGACCUGGACCAGGCAGACAUGAUUUUCAGGCUGCUGGGAUCGCCUACCCCAGAAGUCUUCCCGAACGCAGAGCUUAUCAACAGAAACGGAGUCAAUCUCCAUGUCGAGUACCAGCGGACGUUGGAGAGCGAGUACGGUGCCAUUAUGACGCCGGCGUGUUUGCGUCUGUUGUCGGGCUUGCUCACGAUGGACCCGCGUAAACGGUUCAACGCUGCGCGGGCGCUGGAGUCGGACUUUUUCAGAAUAGAGCCCGUGGCAUGUUUGCCUGAGGAGCUGCCGAAAUUCGAGGAGAGCCACGAGCAGGACAUCAAGCGAUUCAAGGAGGAGAAGAAGCGUGUGAACGAGAACGUGGGGUCGAUCUCGAUGUCACGUCCGCCAAACAAGUCGCUGGACCACUCCAAUUACGGGGCAGACCACGAAACUCCACGCAAGCGGCGGGACUUUUCGCACGAGAACCGCUGGCGAGGCGAGAAACGGCCAUGGGGCGCUCCACGCGACUGGCGCGACCAGAGUUAUAGAGGAGGCCACCAGGACGGAUACAACGGGUAUAGAGACCGUGGCUACCAUGACGGAUACAGAGACCGUGGCUACCAGGACCACAGACAGGGUCCACACAGAGACCAUUGGAACGGGAACCAGAACUACAAGCGGUUUUCGGGUGAGCGCAACAAUGCCAGCCUGUACGCAUCUACGGAGAAAACGAGUUUGAGUGCGGUCAAGGAUUAUUUAAUCGACAAGAAGAAGGAGGAAGGUGGGGACCGUCCUGACAAGACAGAUCCAGCCGCAAGUGAGCAGCGAGCAGGUGCAAACUAUUGGGAACCAGUAGUUUUUCUCCUCGAUGAAGUUUUCAAGGUUCAUUCCAUAAACACCGGCCACGAAGAGCAAAGUGCCGAAACUGAGCAGACCGAUGUUGAAACGCAGACCGAGCAGCAUGAGCUCGUUUCUGUUGGAGUCCAGGAUGAUGUUGAUGAUUUCCUCGGUGGUUUUAACGUCCGAGAUGGAGUUUUCCACCGUCUGGACAAUUGCGUCGCAAUGCAAAGAGUACGAUUCCAGCAACAACUCGACCUCCUCGUGGUCGGUGGUGACCCGCGAGGUACCCUUCUUUUUGUCGGUCAGGUACAGCGCGACAAGAUCGUCGUCGUGCGCCAGGGUCUCGUCGAUCAGGUCUCUGAUCAGUGUAGCUUUUUGCUGGAACUGUUGUAA